CAAUGCUGUAGUGGUAGAGGAAGAUUGUCCCUGGUUGCUCGCCGUAGAUCUUACCUCAAUGCUACGGAACUUAGCUUAAAAAGCAGCUGCUGUUGGGUCUGAACGAGUAGUUUUACACGAUUUCUUACCAACUUUAGUGUUCUCCCGAACAUUGUGGUUGUUGUGACUUUAAUCAACUACACCUGUCAUCAUGGUGAAUGUUCACAAGGGUGUUCUUGUUGAAUGUGAUCCUGCUAUGAAACAGUUUCUCCUCUACCUAGAUGAAACCAUGGCUUUAGGAAAGAAGUUCAUCAUCAAGGAUCUUGACGACACACACGUUUUUAUCCUGGCAGAGGUGGUCCAGACUCUUCAGGAGAGAGUUGGGGAGUUAAUGGACCAGAAUUCAUUCCCCAUCACGCAAAAAUAACCCUCAGAUCUUUGACUUUCCUCUCAUGGACUACUCAAUUUGUUGUUGUUUGCUUUUGCUCAAUAAAAUGAGACAUGUAAAUGUUUUGGUUUGAUAAAAGUGGAAGUGAUCAAUUGGAUAAAAAGUUUCUAUUUUUGUGGA